AAUAAUGUGAGGAUUGAGGAAGUUGUAAGCGCCGGUCCCAUGAUAUCCCGUCUCUUCUGAUACUGGCUGGUGGUAAUGACCAGGCGAAAGUACCCGCCGGAAAUCCCAAUCUUCACUUUCGAUGGGAAGAAAUACUGACAUGAUAAGAUUCCACUUUUGGUUGUUCAAAACCCUAACCCUAAGGGAGGACCCUUACUUUAGACUGUUGUGAAUCUUCUUACCUCAACUUCAUGGAAGAACAAACCUUCGAUUCAACCAUGGAAAACCCUAGAACUCUCGCUUUCAAUGGUGUUAACAAGUCCAUGGUUGGCGGCGACGUCACUGUCCAGAAGCCUGUUGCUACUAUUCUUGAUCGAUUCAAGGCUAUGCUCAAGGACAUAGAUGACGGCGAUGAUGUUCCAACCCCGAGCUCCCACGACGUUGUUCGAAUUUACGACCACUUGCUCUCUGAACUAACACUCAAUUCCAAGCCAAUCAUAACUGAUCUCACCAUUAUCGCUGGAGAACUGAAGGAACAUGGAGCUGGCAUUGCUGAAGCUAUUUGUGCCAGGAUUAUUGAGGUCCCACCCGAGCAGAAAUUGCCAGCUCUUUAUCUUUUGGAUAGCAUUACUAAGAAUAUAGGUCGAGAGUAUAUUAGACACUUCUCUAGCCGAUUGCCUGAGGUCUUUCGUGAAGCAUAUAGGCAAGUUAAUCCUGAUUUGCAUCCUGCUAUGCGUCACCUAUUUGGAACAUGGUCAGCAGUGUUUCCGCAAUCAGUGCUUCAUAGGAUUGAGACUCAACUGCAGUUUUCUUCUAUGGGAGCUCAUCAAUCUUCUGGAGUGACGAAGGCUUCUGAAUCUCCUCGACCAGCUCAUGGCAUCCACGUCAAUCCAAAAUACUUGGAAGCAAGGCAACAGUUUGACCCUUCAAAUUUGGAUGGUAAUAGUCACCGGGCAUCAAUUUUAAAGAUUUAUGGAAAGAAAUCUGCAAAUGAAUUAGAUGAAUAUGAUUCUGAUAAUGCGGGAAUGGUACAAAUGAGGGCUGGAACUGAGUUUUCCAGACAUCCAAAUCCUGGGUUAGAGAGGUCCUCCACUCAAUUUGGAACUGAGUUUCGCAUUACUCGUUCAGCUGUAAUUGAUGACUUUACAAUGAAUGGGUCUCCAAAAAGGGUGAUUGAUAAGAGGGGCUUGCCAUCUCAUCCUCGUCAUGAAAUGGGUUUUGGAAGGGUUAUGGACAGUGGUGAGAACAUAAAUGCCCGGCCUAGAGAUCCUCGGUCUAAUUAUUUUUAUGGAAGAGCUGAAGCUUCUGCUGCUUCUGAUAGGGCAGAGGAUCUUCAAAGACCAAGAGCUUUAAUUGAUGCUUAUGGACGUGAUCAUGGUGAAGGAACUGCAAGUGACAGGUUUAAGAUUGCACGUCUUCAUGGGAAUGAUCUUGGUAGAGUAGCUACAGAAACAUGGCAUCAUACCGAAGUAGAAGAAUUUGAUUGGAAAAAUAUGAGCCGAACAGUAGCAGAAAGGAACAACUUAAAUGGUGGUUCAUUACUGUCAUCUGGAAGAUUUGGGAUGGGACCUGGAAACCAGAAUGCAACAGAAGAUUUGGUCUCUUUUGUUUCUGGCCACGAGUCUAUUGGUAAAUUGAUGGGUUCACACGGGAAGACCACACAGUACCCGGGAUCUCAUUAUCUUCAAGAAUCUCAGGGCCACCAAAUACGCUCGUUAGCAAGUGGAAUUCCUUCAUCACUUAGUGAGCCACUUCGUCUAAUAGAUCGGGCUUCUGAUGGUGCAUUAUUUCAUGGGACCUCAAUGGGAGCUCCUAGUCGUGGCCCACAUACUGCAGGGAAUUUAGCAGCUAUCAUGUCAAUUUCGCAAGGGUCUUGGACCCAUUCAGAUAUGCAAAUACCUAAUCCAGCCUCUGCACAUCCUUUUUCACAGCAGAGACAUAGGGAUCACUUUGAGUUGACAAGUAAUAAAGAUAUGGGUGAAAAUCUAGGUAUGAGGAGACCAAAUUUUCUAGAAAAUCAUUUAGACGCUAUAAAAAAUAGAUCAACAAAUAUUCCUCCAUUUCCUAGCCAGCAGGUUGGCUAUCUUCCUCAGAAUCUACAACCUCAUGCACUGGCUUCCCAAGAAGUUCAGCAAAGGUUGAUGCCAGUUGGUUCUGUUUCUGUGCCUGCUGUACUACCACCUAAAGGCCAUGUAUAUCCUCAGCUAGGACUUUCUGCUCAAAAUGCAAUUCUCAACCAGCCUCCUCUUUCAGCAUCUAGGGUUUGGCAAGGUGGUGGAGGUCUGCAACCUCUACCUCUAGGUCCACAUUCUACUUUGACACAAAUUAUGCCCACACCACUUCAUCUUCUUCAAGGAGCGACUAAUCCUCCCCCUUCAGGAAGUUCCUACUCAGGUUUGAUCGGUUCUCUCAUGUCUCAGGGUUUAAUCUCACUGACCAAUCCUUCUGUACAGGAUUCUGUGGAGCUUUCAUUUAACCACGAUGUUCUUAAGAUGCGGCAUGAGACCUCUAUAACUGCUCUGUAUUCUGAUCUUCCUAGACAAUGUACAGCAUGUGGCUUACGCUUUAAAAACCAAGAAGAACACAGUAGUCACAUGGAUUGGCAUGUUACCAAGAACCGCAUAUCUAAAAAUCGUAAACAGAGCCUAGCUCGAAGGUGGUUUGUUAGUGUUAACAUGUGGCUUACGGGGGCAGAAGCACUGGGCACGGAUGUAGCCCCAGGAUUUUUACCUGCUGAGAAUACAGUGGAAAUGAAAGAGGAUGAAUUGGCGGUUCCUGCUGAUGAGGAUCAGAAAGUUUGUGCACUCUGUGGAGAGCCUUUCGAAGAAUUUUACAGUGACGAGACAGAGGAAUGGAUGUAUAAAGGGGCUGUGUAUAUGAAUGAUGUUCCCACGGGGUCAACGACUGCAGGCAUGUAUAUGUCUCAAUUGGGUCCAAUAAUUCAUGCUAAGUGUAGGUCUGAAUCUAGUGUGGCUGCUGACAAAAAAAUUGGACAGGAUGAAGGGGUAGAGGGUGGUGAUGAAAAGAAAAGAUUGCGGCUUAGCUAAAUGUUCGGCUUUUUAGAUCUGGCCUGUAACAUAACAUGUCGAGUUUACCUUGUUGUUAAUCAAUCAAUCACAUGCUCAUAGAGCUUUGUUGUAGCCUCCUUCAUUGGAAGCUGGUGGCAGACUAAACUGUUGCCUAAUUUUAUGUACAUUAUAUUUGAGUUGAGUUGAGUUCGCAACAUGAAAUAGGAAACAUAAGCUCAAAAACUGCCUCAUUUUCUUCUUCUUCCUCCUCCCAAGUAGAGACGCUAAGUAUCCUUCAUAUUUGCAAAUUAUGAUUCUGCUCGUUCCGGCUGUUUCGCUUUUGUUGUUUGUUAAUUCCUAUUUGCAGGGAAUCAAGCUCUCUGAAGGACGAUGAUAUGAUCAGCAAGAUUUGUUGGUUCCUUAUUUGAUCAUCCAUCCUAAGAAAGUCUAAAAAGGAAGUGAUCUAUUUUUUUCUUUCUUUUUUUGCUGGUGCUUGUAUUGACUCUGCCUACUGCAUCUUGAUGUUGUACCAGAUUCUUGGUGACAUAAAUUGGAAAUGUUAUGUUUUAUUUUA